AUGCUGGUAGCAGCGGCAGCAAUCGGGUGGAAAGAGGCUGAGCUUUUGGACAAGGUUGUUGUACGCCGCGGCAGCCCGCUGUCGUCGCCACCACCAUUGCUGCUUCUGCUGCCACCACUACGACGACUCAGAGGCAGCAGUAGUCGUUGUCGUGGCCGUCGUCGUACGUCCUUGUCCAGAAAUUAUUCCAUGUGUGCGCGCCUUGUCCGAGCCGUCUGUGUUGCCUUGCACGGCGUUACGUUAGUAAACUCAAUACGGCAUAAUCUAUCACUUCAUGACAAGUUCGUCAAGUGUCCAAAAGCUUCCGAGAGUUCUAAGUCCUCCUACUGGCGACUCAACGCCAACUCUCUUAACCGUCCUUAUGUGCGUCGGCGAACUUGCUCCUUGGACACACCAGGAAACGUUGCUGGUGGUGGUGGAGGCGGUGUCGGGGGUAAAAAGGCGAAGUCCCGUCUUGGAGGUGGAGGUGGCGGGGCAGCGGGUACCACAUCAGCUGCCAAGCGUGCUGCGCAGAUGGCCGCUGCUGCCGCUGCCGCUGCCGCUGCUGCAGCAAGUGGCGGUGGUGGUGGGGGCGGAAGCAGAGGAGAGAUGAAAUCGGGCGGUGGAUUGUACUGCGGCGAUGAUCUUCUCGCCAGUCUGCAGUCGGGAGGGAGCUCAACUGCCGCCGUCCGGUCUCAUCUAAAUAGCCUUUCCUCGGGCAUCGCGAGUGCCUUUAGCAUUCCCGGUGGCGGAGGUAGCGACACAUUGCUUGGACUGAAACCUGAUCCUGGAUCAGCACUAAAUCACCAUCCUUGGACUAACUCGGGUUUCCUCACCGAUCGGAAACAGCCCAAUGAAGAGCUUAGUGCUUUAUGCAAAAUGCAGGGAAACGAUUCGGUCAGUUCGAGCAGUUUAAGCUUGAUGAGCGGUGGCGGUGGCUAUGAGUUUCAAGUUCCGCGUCCACCUCCCUCCUCCUCCACGCGUUCAAGUUUUUCCUCCUCAGGGAUUGGUAGUGACAGAGGUUCCUCGUUUUUCUCCCCUCCUCCACCACCACCACCGCCACCACAAUCGAGUCGGUAUCACCACCACCAUCAAGCCUUUUCCCACGACCAGCAGCAGCGGUAUGGAUCCCUCUGUGAUGCUUCUCCCACCGCUGCCUCUACGAAUACCACUCCCACCACGACCUAUGAUCAGCUGACGGGUAUCCUCACCGGAUCAGCCGAGUGUCUAGAUGGGGGUGCAGAUCCCUUCCUCCGCGACGAUCAGCAUCAGUUGCAACACCAUCAACCCCCACCAUCGCUGCCGCAUCACCAUCAUCAUCACCACCAUCAUCAUCAUCAACAUCCACCACCGCCACCACCAACAAACUCACACCUCCACAACCUCUUGAUGUGCGGUGAUUCGUCAGGCGGGGUGUCGGGUUCAGCAUUACCUUCAACGAUCCAUGGAGGUAGUGAGCAGCAGCAACUGCUAAGUUCUCAGGACGCUAUGGAGCUGCGAAUCAGCCUUGAGAUUGCGAAUAGGGUCAAAUCAGGCGAAAUGAGCAGCACCAUGCAACAGUGGGCGGCAGUGGCGGCAUCGGCUGCGCGGACUGUGGAGAAUGGUGAAUCCUACCCUGUUCCUUUCCUCCUCCCAAUUCUUUCUCGCUUGAUAAACCUUGGUUUUGUUCUCAGGGCGGCAGCGGCAGCAACAACAGAAGCAGUAAAUUUAACAAUGAGAAAAACACCAUCAUUAACUACUAAAUGUCUCUGUCCACUCCCUGUCAUUAAUGAACGCAGUCUCAUUUAUCCUACCCAUUCUACUCUACUCUCUAUCUCAGGCAACAUUUGA